AUGCACAUGCUGCCUCUCUGGAACUGGGCCCUUGAUUUCAUAACAGCAGGGAGUUUGAAUGCUUUUACAAUGAGCCUUGGACAGUCUUGCCUUCCCAAUGGUCUGAAAGCCGCUCCAUUCUGCUUCAUCCUGUAUGCAGACAAGACGAAACUGUCGUCCCAUGGCACAACAAAGGGACAUCCUGUUGUUUGUUGCUCAAAUUUGCUGGUAUCCGAAGGUGCAGAUGAAGAAGGCAAGCCAGGGUUUGUAAACCUCAAGUGUGUUGUAUGGCAUGAGGCAUUCUUCAAACUCUUGGAACUGGUCAUGCAAUACUCAAAGUCUGAUUACUCCCACAAUUGCUAUGACAAGAUCAUGUGCUGGCUGUUUCCCAUUCUUCUGAUACUUUCAGCUGAUUAUAAAGAACAAGGGAUCAUGUCUCUUAUUCGUGGCCACCAUAGUAAAUGUCCCUGUCUGGUUUGUCUCAUACCGCUCAAGAAGUUUAGCAAGCUGUUGAAGAUGUUCGCAUUUAGAUCAGUGGAAGAAGUGAUAGCUGCACUCAACAUUUAUAAGGUCAGCAAAGCCCAAGGUGAAGAACCACUCAAGGCAUUAGGAUUGCAUGCUGUUGCAAAUGUUUUUUGGCUUAUCAUGCACUCUGAUCCCCAUCAAGCCAUCAGUUUUGACCACCUGCAUGCCCUCCACCUUGGUAUGUGGAAGCACCUACUUGAGGAGUUGAAGAAGAUCCUCAAAGCACUUAUGCAUGGCAAAGAGUCAAAAGUUGAGAAACAGGUUGCUGGUUUCCCUCAAUGGUGCAACCUUAAUCACUUCAGCACCAUCAUUCACAUCACCUUCAGUGAUGGCAACAAGAUGCAAGACUUAUCUAAGGUACAUAUUGGGGGGUUUUCAGCUUUCUAA